AUGGAGCCCCUCUUCAUCUGUGCUGGAAUUUUGACUGACAGUUUUAAGCAGGUUCUCUUUGGCACUGUGUUUUUCUUUUUGGACAAACUUCUGAAGCACAUGAUUAUUGAGCACAAGAUUGUCAUAGCUGAUGUGAAGUUGGUUACAGAUUUCCAAAGGUACAUUUUGUAUUGGAAGAAAAGGUUCACUGAACAACCCAUCACAGACUUUUGCAGUGUGAUAAGAAUCAAUUCCACGGCUCCAUUUGAAGAACAAGACAACUAUUUUUUGUUGUGUGAUGUUUUACCAGAAGAUAGAAUUCUUCGAGAAGAACUUCAAAAACACAGACUGAAAGAAAUUCUGGAGCAACAGCAACAAGAGCGAAAUGAUACCAGCUUUCGUGGCAUUUGUAUGUUUUGCAGUGAGGAAUUCCUCGGAAACAGAGCUGUUCUUUUAAACCACAUGGCCAGAGAACAUGCUUUCAAUAUUGGUUUGCCAGACAACAUUGUAAACUGCAGUGAAUUCCUAGGUACAUUACAAAAGAAGCUUGACAAUUUACAGUGCUUGUACUGUGAGAAGACCUUCAGGGAUAAAAACACACUUAAAGAUCACAUGAGAAAAAAACAACACCGUAGAAUCAAUCCAAAGAACAGAGAAUAUGACCGAUUUUAUGUCAUCAAUUAUUUGGAACUUGGAAAAUCAUGGGAAGAAGUGCAAUUGGAAGAUGACCGGGAGUUGCUAGACCUUCAGGAAGAUGACUGGUCUGAUUGGCAAGAAUACCCUGUCUCUGCUGUCUGUCUGUUUUGUGAAAAGCAAGAAGAAACUAUUGAUAAAUUGUCUGUACACAUGAAGGCCACACAUGAAUUUGAUCUCCUCAAAAUAAAGUCAGAACUUGGAUUAAAUUUCUAUCAGCAAGUGAAACUGGUAAAUUUCAUUCGAAGGCAAGUUCACCAGUGCCGGUGUUAUGGUUGCCAUGUGAAGUUCAAAUCCAAAGCAGAUUUGAGGACUCACAUGGAAGAAGCAAAACAUACUUCACUACUUCCUGAAAAAAAGACAUGGGAUCAGCUGGAGUAUUAUUUCCCCACCUAUGAGAAUGACACUCUCCUAUGUACGCUGUCCGACAGUGAGAGUGACCUGAUAGCUCAAGAGCACAGUGAAAAUAUUCCUAUCAUCAGUGAAGAUACAUCCAGACUGCGUGCUUUGAAACAAAGCAGUGUUUUGAACCAAUUGCUGCUACAGGAAUGCUUGAAAAACUAGAAGAAUCCGCUGCAGAAGCACUUUCAUGUUUUUCUCCUAUAAGACGGAGGGGAAAGAAUACUGCAGAAUCCAGUAUCUGCAAAAUACUGGUCUUUGGUGAAAUUGUGUUUGUGUGUAUGUGUUUAAUGAAAUUUUUUUCAAAAAAUUAAGAAAAAUAAAAUGCAGACUUUUAUAUUUGGGCUGCAAAUUUGAUUG